AAACCAUCUUUGUAAAACAACCCAUCUUGAUAAAUUUUAUGGUAUAAUAGCGUUCCAUCACUUUGUAAUGGAAGAAUAAAAGGAGUAAAAAAUGUCACCGUAGGCACCGACUUGACGCAACGUGAGACCGAAGGAAAGGACUCCUUUUCUUCUCUUUAACCAGACACUGUAAUUUAAUAUAAUGUCUAAUGUUUCCAAUUGCUUUUUAAGAAAAUUCUCUGCAAUUGUUCUAAUUUGCCUUUCACAGGGUUGAGUGCUUGCUUUAUUCGCGGGAGAUUUCUUAUUAUUGAGUAAAAGUCGAGGAAGUGUUAGAUACCAAGUCUAGCAGAAGAAUUGAAAUAGGAACCCAUGAUUUUUUCGCUGCAAAGAAAAUUUUGCAGCAAGAAAAUCUAUGGCUACGCGUAGGAAAUUGAUUGUUGAAAUUGUGGAUGCACACAAUCUCGCGCCCAAAGAUGGUGUGGGCACUUCCAGCCCUUAUGUCCUUGUGGACUUCGAUGGGCAGAGGAAAAGAACUAAAACGAAGCAUAGGGAAUUGAACCCUGUCUGGAAUGAAAAACUGGAAUUUCUGAUCAGUGAUCCCAAAACCAUGCUUGCUGAAGAGCUGGAAGCAAAUAUUUAUAAUGAUAAGAGAACGGGGAGGAGGAGCCAUUUUUUGGGGCGGGUUAGGAUAGAUGGUCGUCAAUUUGUGAAGCAGGGAGAGGAGGCUUUGAUAAACUAUACACUCAAGAAGAGAAACUUUCUCGAUGUGAUCAGUGGAGAAGUAGGGCUCAGAAUAUAUUACGUGGAUGAACCUGUCGAGCCACCGCCAGAGGAAAAACCCCCUGAGCCAGCAGCUGAAGCACCACCUGCAGCUGAAGCCCCACCAGCUGCAGAGGGAAAUCCUCCAGCAGAAGCAGCUCCACCACCAGCAGAAGCAGCUCCACCACCAGAAGCAGUACCACCAGCAGCAGAAGCAGCACCACCAGCAGAAGCAGCACCACCACCAGCAGAGGCUCCUCCAACUGAUGCAGCACCACCAGCUGAGCCUCCUGCAGGUGAGGCUUCACCAGCAGCAGAUGCGCCCACACCUCCUGCAGAAGGGGCACCUCCACCUCCUGCAGAAGGUGAAGCUCCCAAAACAGAGGCAGCUCCUGCUGGGGAGACUCCCCCACCUGCAGCUGACACGCCUCCCCCAACCACAGAGGAGGCUAAGCCUGCAGAUGGGUCUCCACCAGUUGAGGUGAACCCUAAUGUGGCGCCUCAGCCAGCAGUAAACACAGCAGAGUUCCACAUGAGGGACCUGGGUGGCUCUGUCCCUGGAAGCAACGAAACCCGCUCGGCUUACGACCUGGUCGAAAAGAUGCAAUACCUUUUCGUGAGAAUUGUGAAGGCCCGGGCGCUUCCUCCGCGGGAUUCGAACUCGGGCGUCCCGGCUGACCCAUUUGUUAAGAUCAGAGUCGGCGGAGAAGUUUUGAAAACUCGUACUUCGCCCAAGACAGGGUUUCCGGACUGGAACCAAGUGUUCGCAUUUGAUAAAGAAAAGCUUCAGUCUGGACCCACUUUGGAAAUUUCUGUGUGGGAUGAGGAUACUGGAACCAGGGACGAUUUCCUUGGUGGUGUUUGCUUUGAUCUUACUGAGGUUCCUAUGCGGGAACCGCCGGACAGCCCGCUGGCGCCUCAGUGGUAUAGAUUGGAAGGGGAUGGCAGAGUGAAGGGGGAUAUAAUGCUGGCUGUGUGGAUUGGAACUCAGGCAGAUGAGGCGUUUCCUGAGGCCGUGCAAUCAAAUGCAGGAGGCAUUAUUCAUACAAGAUCUGAAGUCUAUUCGUCCCCCAAACUUAUGUACCUGAGAGUCAAUGUUAUUGAAGCAACUGACCUGCAGUUUCCAGUUGACAAGGUGGGAAUUCCAGAGCAAAGAGUUCGAGUCCAAUUAGGUUUCCAGGUACUGAGAACAAGAAGCGUCAAGAGCAGAACCUCAAAUCCCUUCUGGAACGAGGACCUACUCUUCGUAGCAGCAGAGCCCUUUGAAGAGCAGCUAAUUCUGAUAAUCGAAGACCGCUCAAACAUAGAGCCCGAGAUUUUGGGUCAUGCAGCAGUGGCGCUAAACACCAUCGAAAGGCGAGUCGACGAGCGCAUGGUAAGUUCAAGGUGGUUCAAUCUCGACAGAACCCACGGAGCCGCAAGCAACGAAGGAGCAGGGUCACCAGCAUACCAUGGCAGAAUCCAUCUCAGACUCUGUUUCGACGCAGGGUACCACGUCAUGGAGGAAGCAGCACACUGCAGUACCGACCUCCGACCGACCGCUAAGCAGCUAUGGAAGCCACCAUUGGGCGUUCUGGAGCUGGGCAUAUUGGGUGCACAGAAUCUACUCCCCAUGAAAACAAAAGGGGGCAGGGGAGCAACCGACGCAUACUGCGUCGCCAAAUAUAGCCAGAAGUGGGUUCGAACCAGAACCAUCACAGACAGCUUUAACCCUCGGUGGAAUGAGCAGUACCAAUGGCAGGUCUACGAUCCCUAUACAGUCCUCACAUUAGGGGUCUUCGACAAUUGGCACAUAUUCAACACAGUGAACGACAAAGCCACCAAGCAAGACCAUCGCAUCGGCAAGGUUCGAAUCCGGAUCUCGACCCUGGAAAGCAACAAAGUCUAUGUCAAUUCAUACCCCCUUCUGGUUUUACUCCCCUCUGGACUGAAAAAAAUGGGGGAAAUCGAGCUCGCGGUUCGAUUCUCCUGCCCUUCCCUGCUCGACGUUAUGCAUGUCUACACACAACCACUUUUGCCCAAAAUGCAUUAUCUUCACCCUCUAGGGCUGAUGCAGCAGGACAUGCUGAGAAACACAGCGAUGAAAAUCGUUGCCCUCAGAUUGUCGCGCUCAGAGCCUCCACUUCGACAAGAAGUCGUUCAGUACAUAAUGGACACCGACUCAAAUGUUUGGAGCAUGCGCAGGAGUAAAGCUAACUGGUUCAGAAUCAUGAAUGUCCUUUCCGGGCUAGUAAAUAUUGCCAAAUGGGUCGAUGAUAUAUGUCAAUGGAAGAACCCUGUUACUACAGUUCUUGUGCACCUGCUCUUCUUCAUUCUGGUUUGGUACCCAGAACUCAUUGUACCCACAGCUUUCUUCUAUGUUUCCCUGAUCGGUUCCUGGUACUACAGAUUUCGACCCAGAAUGCCUCCCCACAUGGACAUCCGCAUUUCACAGGCCGAUACAGUCGACCAAGACGAGCUCGAUGAAGAAUUCGACCCCAUUCCCAGCACUAAGCCCCCUGAAGUUGUGAAAAUGCGAUAUGAUCGCCUGCGGAGCUUGGCUGCCAGGAUUCAGACUGUUUUGGGUGAUUUUGCGACGCAGGGAGAAAGAAUUCAAUCUUUGCUCAGCUGGAGAGAUCCUCGUGCAACGGGGAUUUUCAUUGCCGUUUGUUUCAUGAUUUCUCUGAUUUUGUACGUUGUCCCUUUCAAAGCUGUGUCUAUUGUUCUUGGGCUUUACUUUCUUCGUCACCCCAGGUUCAGAGAACCCAUGCCGCCUUCUUAUCUCAAUUUCUUCAGGCGUUUGCCUUCCCUUUCUGAUCGCAUGAUGUAAAGCGGGUGCUUGAAGUAAUUCAAAAAGUACCCGUUAUUAUUUUCUACGGAUUAUUUCAUUGUAGCACAAGAGUGACAAAAUCAAAAGUGUAUUUAAAUUGCGAGAGCAAUGUAAUUCUAUAUCA